AUGCUUUUUGCUGAUGACUUGUUGGUUUGUGGUAACGCCACAGUUCAGGAAGCUACCCAAAUGGCUCAUCUCAUCAACCACUUCUGUUCCCAAUCAGGUCAGACUCCAAAUUGGCACAAAUCUUCUAUUCUUUUUAGUGCUACUGUCUCCCAGUCUCUAGCCCAACAUAUCAAUAAUAUUUUCCCAGUUACCCUUAUUGAUAGUACAUCAACUCACCUUGGCCACCCUCUCAUCCUUCCUGCAAAGGACCGUGCUUCGGCUUACAACUUUGUUUAUGAUAAAUUCAAGAAUAAGCUUCCCACUUACAAAGCUGAUAAAUUAUCCCAUGCUGCUAGACUUGAGCUUAUCAAUUCGGUGUUCGCUUCCAUACCUGUUUACUAUAUGUCCAAUAUCCUCUUUCCAAAAAAAUUCCUUGCGAAGCUCACGGCAAUCAUUCGUAAUUUUUGGUGGGUUGGUGUUAGAGAGGAAGCUAGUGCAAGAGCUUUAUGUCUUAGGGCUUGGAAAGAUAUUUGUACUCCUAAAAAAGAAGGUGGAUUGGGAAUCAAAAACAUGUUGGCUAUGAAUCAAGGUCUCCUUGCGGCUGCCUGGAGACUUGCUGAAAAUCCAGAAAGCCAAGUCUAUCAAGUUCUCCGUGCUAAGUAUUUUCCUGAUUCUUCCAUUUGGAGAGCUACUCCAAAUACUCCGAAAUCUGCUUUCUGGACUUCUAUUCUCAAGGUCUUGCCGAUGCUCAAGGAGCAUUCUUUUUAUCAGAUCACCCAAGGCAACAUUUCUAUUUGGAGCUCACCUUGGUGUACCACUUGGGAGAACAUAUAUGAUCACCUUAUUGUCCAGCAUAGUGCUUUUAUUUACCCGGCUAAGGUCUCUGAUCUUUGGCUUCCAGGCCAAAAACUUUGGAAUUCUGAGUUCAUUACUAACCUCUUUCAGGAACCGACUGCUUCGGCUAUUAUUGCAACUCCUAUAGUUCUUGAUGAUAGUAGGGAUAUCCUUUGUUGGAAGCCCACUCCUUCUGGUAAGUGCAAUUCUAAGAGUACAUAUAAGUUGUGUUUACAACAAAUUCAUAAUUUGCAGGUAAAUCAACCAAGACAGGUGAACCAAUCAACCAAAGAUAUUUUGCAGCAGGUCUGGAAGCACAAAUUCAUGGCUCCAAGGGUUAAAACUUUUGCGUGGCGCUUACUUAGGCAUGCUCUCCCAACUGGUCUUAGAGCUGGCAGGUUUUCCUCUCAUAUUUCUUCUACAUGCUCUAGAUGUGAUUCAGAUGAAGAUGAAAUGCAUCUUUUCUUUCUUUGCAACUUUUCUAGAGCCUCUUGGUUCGGACACCCCUGGUAUAUUAGAUCUGAUAUUCUUGCUUUCAAUCAUAAUUCUGUUCUUGAUAUUAUUCAGGUUCUAAUUAACAUGAACCAUCCGCAAUCAUCUAUUCCUAAUAUAUUUACCUUCUUGUGGUGUUUGUGGAAAGCAAGAAACGAUGUUCUUUUUUGUAGGAAAGAAUCACAUCCCCAUCAGGUUCACCAAGCUGCUCUAGCCAUCGCCUCUGUCCAAGAUAUACAAGAUCCUCAAGAACACCUAAAUAGGGAGCUGCCUUCAUCGGAGGAGAAGCAAUCUACAACCAUACUCUCUCAAGGGCAAGAACAAGUACAGCAAGGCUCCACCCUCAAAUCUGACUUGGCUAUUUCAGGUACCAAAAUAUAUUCAGACGCUUCUUGGCAUAAGAAGAAUGUGCCUGGGUAUGGUGGUAAUCCGGCUACUGGUAUUGGUGUUCACAUCCUUUUCCCUGAAGAGGGUUCUGAUUCAAGAAUAAUGAUUCAAGCCUCUACUCAUGAUGUUUGUUCACCUCUUAUUGCUGAAGUUUAUGCACUUCUAUUUGCUGCUAAAAUCUCUUGCAGGCUUCAACUUCAGCAAGGUUCUUUUCUCACUGACAAUCUUUCAUUAGCAAAGAUGGCUGCUUCAAGAGAUAUCAAUAACACCAACAUCAGCUGGAGGUGCAGACAACCAAUUAGCGAGUUCUUUCAAAUCUCUCAUUCUCUUAAUGCUGUUUAUCACAUCUCUAGGAAUACCAAUGGAAUUGCUCACAAUUGUGCUCAUCAGGUUCUCAACUCGAGAGUAGAACCUGUCUUUAGUUGUUCACGUUCCUCUCAUGCCAAUGUACCUUGCCCUUUUCUGCAGUCCCUUCUCAAUUUUCAAGUUUAG